UAGUCCUGAGACCCACCAGCUCAGAGAAGUAGUCCAGCCACUCCAGAGUCCUGCAGCUGCAGCACACUUAACACUCAACCUGUUAGAAAAGAUUUAUUCAGUCAGCAAGUUACCGCUGAGCAACCGUGUUGAGAUCUCUGAGCUGUUACACCUGAGAUUCACAGCCGACCACAGCAGUGAUGAUGUUUAGGAUGCAGCAGCACUCACACAGCUUUAUGGUCCUUCUCAUCAUAGCCUUCAUCGCUGGGAUAGUUCUUUCUAGUCCCUCCGCUCCUCGCAGAAGCAGAGUGAGACGUCAGAACAUGAAAGUCCGCAUCAGUGCAUCAGGAGACACCAUCGUGAUGAAGUUUUUGCGUCCCAACACUGACACGAAGCUUGAGGGCUACAUCCUGGGCUAUGGCAGCAGCAUGUUCUCCAAACAGUUCAUUCAGCUGCCUGAGAAUGGACAGCCUUACGAGACUGAGUUUGAUGCCGAACCAAAAUACCUUAUUGCUGUCCAGCCCAUCCCAACCAAUGAGGUGAAGAAGCAAUGCACAGGUAAAGUGGAACUGGAGAAGCCGCUUCACUUAGUCAUUGGGUCAGUGACGCCCACUUCAGUUCUCCUGUCCUGGGGGACGCUGCUGAAAACCCCCUAUGAAGGCAAUGUCAUGAACGACUGUCUUGAAGAUGGACACUACACAGUGCGUUAUCGGGAGAGGAACAGGAAAUGGAACUACCAGACCUGCCCCACAAGUGAAACAGUCAUUGACAAUCUGAAGCCCAAUACAGUCUAUGAGUUUGGUGUCCAGCCCAGCACUAAGGAUGGCACAGGAGUGUGGAGCAAGCCAGUCAUUCACAACAUCAGCACGGGGGGAGCAGAAGAGAAGGCCAUCCGGAAAUUCGUCAAACGUCCUGUCAACCCUGUGAAACCCUUAACACCAGGUCCACAGUCCUUCCCCUUUCCUCCACGCCAUGUUCUCCAUAACAGCACCCAGGGCAGAGUGCCCGUCUCCCGGAACAUAGCCCCAAAGACAACCUUUGGUACUGGUGUCAUCAGAUCCUCCAAUGCUGAAGUCCCUCGUUUUCCCAUUAGCUCAUCAGAUCCUCCAGCAGGAAGAAACACAACGUUGUCUCGCAACCGAGUUCAUUCCCCUCGUAAUGGUGUCAGACCAUUCUCUCCACCCAAGACAUUCCCCUCUUCUCACAGCUCCAGCACACCUGGGGCUGAUGGGACGCAUCAUAGGGGCAAUGCUGUUCCUAAACCUGAGUGGUCCAAAGACAAACCUGUUCUGCGUCCCUCUAUUCCUGUCAACAAGAAAACCAACCUGGUGGGAAAACCUAGUGAGCAUGAUAAACCCAUGGACCGGAAACAAGGAGACAAGGAGUCCAUCUUGAAGCCAUUCCCACUGGUCACAGCCAAACCCAAGCAAGAGCGCAGACAGCCCACAACCACCUCUGCACCGGCCCUAAACAGCAGCCGUUUUGACCUAAAUGACAACUCGUCUGUAUUCAGUUCCUUGCCUGCAUCGGAGUUGGACAUCAUGGGAAAGAAGCGCUUUGUAGCUCCCCAUGUAGUCUAUAAGACAGAUAAAAAGCCAAAUGAGCCAUGCUCUAUCACCUCCUCCCUUGCAUACUUCCCUGAUGAUGAGGAGGGCAGUGAUCUGAAUGUGACUGGUCCACCCCGCGUACCACCAUCCAACCUCACUGUGAUGACCGUGGAAGGUUGCCCGUCUUUCGUCAUUCUUGACUGGCAGAAGUCUGACAAUGAAACCAGAGAGUAUGAAGUUAUAUCCAAAAUUGUAGGACCUCAUGGAGAGGAGGUGUCCAUACUGACGACCAACCAGACACACACAGCGGUAGAGAAUCUCAAACCAGAGAGCAGUUAUGAAUUUCAAGUAACACCAAAGAAUGAGCUGGGAAGCGGACCCUCCAGUGAUCCUGUGUCUUUCAGCACAGAAUCAGCGGAUCCUCGAGUCAGCGAACAUGUUUCAGGAAAAGAUGCCAUCUGGACUCAGUUCCCAUUUAAAACCGAUGCCUACUCUGAAUGCAACGGGAAGCAGUAUGUCAAGAGAACUUGGUACCGAAAGUUUGUGGGUAUCCAGCUCUGCAACUCCCUGAGAUACAAGAUCUACCUGAGUGACUCUCUCAAUGGGAAGUUCUACAACAUUGGCGAUCAGGCAGGACAUGGUGAAGACCACUGUCAGUUUGUGGACUCCUUCCUGGAUGGACGGACUGGCACCCAGAUGUUAGCUGACCAGCUACCAGGCAGACAAGGGUUCUACAGAGCGAUGAGACAGGAACCUGUUGCCUUUGGUGAGAUUGGAGGGAAGUCACAUGCUACUUAUGUAGGCUGGUAUGAGUGCGGCACACCCAUACCUGGGAAGUGGUAAGACCUCCACUGGGCUGUCUAGGAAGUAUGACUUCCUUAAUGGUGAGGAAGAGGAAGAAGAGGAGUACCAAAGACGCCUGACCUGGCCCAAGGGGAAGUGGGCCUCUCUUUCAUGUUACCAUGGACACUGUAGAAAGGUCUCUCUGUUUGAAGUCAGCCUACUCUCCCAGGUAUGAACCUGUACAGGACUAUUAGGUGUCACACAGCUCUAUGGGGUGUAACAUUGGUCUUAAUUUCUCUAUUUAUCAAACAUGUUACAAUGGAGGAAGGAAUGCAGGAGUUUGAGUGAACAAAAACGCUGAAUAUACCGUAAUAACAGAGAAAAUGUUGGGAAGCUGGCUCCCAAAAUGUAAUGACUUGUAUGAUAUUAUUUAUCAAGGGAUUGUUAUUGAAUAUCUUGUGUGUGAUCGGGCUUUUGAGAAGAGAAAGUACAAAUACUUCCCAAUACUUGCAUGGCUAUGAACACACACAUAGAUUGAUCAUUUGUAUACAGAAAUAAGAUGCCAAUCAUAUACUGAUUGUACAUUUGGACACUGUAAAAUACAAGAACGCAAGUACACACAGACAUGCAGAAUAGACCUUCUGCUGGCCCUAAGGGAUUAUUAGCAGUUACAUUUUGCACAGUAUUAAACUUUUGUUCAUAUAUGUAUAUGGUGUUAAAUGCAGUAUGUGUACCACAGAUCAUAGAUAAUAGUUUUCAAGUUUGAAUGUCUUAUAAUAGAUGUAACAGCUUCAGCCAAAUUGUUGAUCUAUUGUGAAAAAGCCAAAACUUCAGAUGACUUGGAAACAGAAGAAUUUUGUAUUUUUUAGUGCCCAUGCAGUCUUUUCCGGUAUUUUAUAAAAGAAUAAAAUAUGUAUUAAAAACGAUUAACUGUGCUUUACUGUGGAAAUGACAAUUUAUGAAAUGAUAAUUUAUGUUUUUGUGUUCAAACAUGCAAAAUGUACAUAAAACUUUAAAGAAACUGAACGUUUUUUCCACAUCUAUGACUGCAGUUGUUUUUGAUGUACCAUGUAGACAAUGAUCAGCAAUAAAUCUUGUUUUUAUA